AUGCUCGAGACUGUGAAGAAGGACUUCACUUAUGACCGCCGUGGUUCGGAGCCAUCCACGUCCACUCUCUCAUCGUCGCUCUCCUCUCGUUUCUCUGCAUCGGUUCGGCUUCCAUAUCGCCGCCGACGGGGAGGAGUUGUAGAUGACAAUCACCCAGGACACGAAAAGCUCUCCUUACUAUCUCUCUCUCUCUCUUCGCCGUCUUUCCUAGAGUCCGUCGUCAAGGACAAUCGCUCGGACAAACCAGUGUACACCAUUCAGACAUCCGAGUGCACUACUUCUGUCAUUCGAACGGACGCACAUAAUGCUUCAGUCAAUGUUGCGUGUAUAAAGUGGCCGAAAACGCUCCCGACGAGAGUCAAAGGGAAGGAAGCGACGAGCGGUGUGCUGUUACAGAUGAAGGGUACGUGGUGGAAUGAUGGAGACAACUUUUUGAGGCCGCCAACACAACUGAGCUCCGGCCGCAAGUUCAAUAUCCCCAACUACUCACACCACAUGCAAUGGAAACGACGGCGUAACGGCUCGUACUGGUGCACCACCCCCUCCGUAAAAGGUCCCAUCGCAACCCUAGACGCUGCCUCCCCUUCCUCUCCCCCAAAGAUCACCAUAUUCGAAACAUUACACGACAAACAUGACUCACGUUCCGUCCACAUCCACCAGGGCGUCUCCAUCGUCUUGCUAGACUAUAUAAUAACCUCGGCACUUUUAUUGGUGACAGACGUCCAGGAGUGGAUGGUGGUGCGAAAGUACGAUGAAGAGCUGCCCACUGAUAAAGAUAAUGGACGUGCAGGUUUGGAGACAGGACUGAGCGACUCACAGUGGCGGAAGGUCAUGUUUGGGGUGCCUUUGUACCCCACAUUGACGGACGAUGCUGAGGUCCCUCCCACACCAGUUUCGAAGGACAACCACAGUCACUUGAGAUCAGAGCUAUCUCUCUCGGACGAAGACGACGACGACUCGGAAGGUCCCACCCGCCCCCCAAGUCCUUCGGCAGAGUCGAUGUAUUCACCAUUAUCAGACCCCUCGGCCCCGUCGCACACAUACAUCGACCCACUAUUUUAUUCCAAAAACCGCCCACCUAUACCCACAAUUCCUCUCCAACAUACCCAGUCUUUUCAUAAUGCUAGACAUGUUCCUACUUCGAGGCCAUCCACGCCCUCAUCUCCUUCCAGCUCUCGGCUACUACCACUCUCCACUGGGCAGAGUACUUAUACGAGCCCAUCCCUCUUCCCAAACAAAGGCGCCAUUCAACAUACAAACGAAGAUCCUGCGUCCGCUACUACCCAGACGCUCCCAGCUGAGGCCUCGCCGCUUUACCCACACGCGCCAAGUCAAACAACAACAACAAUAGGCGCGAGACCACUUCCCCGACCUCCCCGACGGGCGGCGAAUCCUGACACGAUCGAUGAAAAUGACGUUGACAUUCGUGCGAUGACCCUGAAGCGCGCGCAAAGUCAUGCGGAUAUGCUCUCUCCAGCCAUAGCCGUACACAGAACGACAACGACCACACGCACACAACGCUCAUUACCACCCACCCCCGGCUCACUCUCCCCUUCCCCGCUUUCUCCUUCCACACCCUCUACCCAAACCCACUUGACGCCAGCCCCGCACACACCCAUUACACAAGACUCGCAUCGCCAACGGCCGCCACUUACUAAAGGCUCUGCGGAGGAUUUGACGCGGUGGGUGCACCUCCUUACGAGCAGCAAUGCAAGGGACUUGCCGCCUGAGCCGUUGCCCCAGACGGCGGUGUUUGAUGUGCCCCCUCCGGCGUAUGAUAGCAUUGCGUUUGAUAGAAGGAGGAGUGCAGGUGGGGGGUAG